UAAUUGAUUACUCCAGUACGUUAUUAUUCCAGAUUAUUACCGUUUGUAGUGCGUAAAUUAAACGAAUCGUGUUUUGGCGUCUCCUGCGAGUUAGCACUGAGCGCUAAUCUGCGCUAGCAGCCAAGCUAACUCGUUUUUGUUUUGUUCCUGUCUGUUGAUUUAGUUCAUCUAUUGUUUUGUUCUAGUUUCAGUUGAAUACACAUUUCCUUGUAGUCUGUCUAUCGUUUAUAUUCGAGUCUGCACUGUAUACAUGAUUUAAAAAAAAGCUCCUUUAAUCGGAUAACACUGUGUCCAACAGGGAAGAAGUUUCGGAGUAAACCACAGCUGGUCCGAUAUCUGGGAAACUCCAUGGAUCUGAGCUCCUUUGAUUUCCGCACUGGGAAGAUGCUCAUGAGCAAACUGAAUAAGAACAGGCAGCGGAUUCGCUACGAUCAGAGUCAGAGCAAGGGUAAACCUGAUCUGAACACGUCACUGCCGGUCCGACAGACGGCAUCCAUCUUCAAACAGCCCGUCACCAAGGUCACAAAUCACCCUAGCAACAAGGUCAAGACAGACCCUCAGAAAGCUGUUGACCAGCCCAGACAGCUGUUCUGGGAGAAAAAGCUGAGCGGACUCAACACUUAUGAUAUCGCAGAGGAGUUGGUGAAGACCAUGGAUCUUCCUAAAGGAUUGCAAGGUGUGGGUCCGGGUUACACGGAUAAGACGCUGCUCUCGGCUCUAGCGAGCGCCCUGCACACCAGCUCUGCUCCCAUCACGGGUCAGCUGUCCGCCGCGGUGGAGAAGAACCCCGGAGUCUGGCUCAACACCACACAGCCUCUGUGCAAAGCCUUCAUGGUGACAGACGAAGACAUCAGGAAGCAGGAAGAUCUGGUGUAUAACGUGAGGAAGAGGCUGGAGGAAGCGCUCAUGGCAGACAUGCUCGCGCACAUAGAGGAAGCCACCAUCGAAGCCAAGUCUCUGAAGGAAGAGUCCAACGACGAGGAAAUGGAGUCUGUAUAGCUGAAAGCGCUGGCGAUGGGAACGACCUGGACGACAGUAUUUUUCCUCCCCAAACCCAAAGACGCACUCAGACUUGAGCUGAUCCUAUGCAGAAACCAGCCGCUCUCCUGCCUUUCUUCUCCAACUCAACUGUGAACAUUUGUUUUACCAUAACAUUUCAAGCAGUUUUCUAAAACCAAAUUCACUUUUUUUCUACCUUUAACUUGUUUGAAGUGGAUUUACUCUAUUUUUGUACGGUAUGAGCUUAAAGUUUGGGGUUGUGCUCCGUCAGGUUUGGGUUUUUGCAGCGUAACGCAGUCGGGGUUUCAGACGGAUGCCUAGGUUUUUUAUUCAGACAUCUUAAGCUAGUUUCAAAUCAUGAAAGUUUUACACAAAUUAGUUUUUUUUUUUUUUUUAUACAAACAAAAUGGCAUGUUUUUACGAUUUGAUUAUGGAAAUAAUGUACAUACUGGUUUGUGAUGGCUGGUACAAAUACGGUGCUCAGUUCUUCCUGGUUCCUUUUUAUUUUAGCUUUUGUUACAGUGCUGUUUGAGUGUAGACAUGACAUAAGCUCUUACGUUGGUGCUUAGGUUUUUGUAUUCAUGAAUUUGUCAAUGCAUAGCUGAUAUCAUUGAAUAUUAGAAGAAAUGGACAGUUAUUUUUUUAGUUACAUCAGAUUGGAUCAAGCUGUUUGUGUUGCUGUGUGAAGCUGGUACAUUUGUCAUCAUUCACUGAUGCAGUCUGGUUUAUUGUUAUGGACUGAGUGUUUACAGUACAGAAAUCUGCACGAUGCAUCAGUGUUUGCUCAGUAGAUGGCUUGUUUUUCCCUUACACUAAUUCUUCACACACCCAUGAUUGAAUUUAAUAGAUGAUUGACUCAUACCAUGAUGCUUUGUUCUUCACAAAUGAUUGCAUUGGAGAGUCACAUUUGAAAUAUGCAGGAGAGGUGUUUUUGUAUGUUGCCCUUUAUUUGCAAGAAAAAACCUUGUAGCUGAAGGAAACAUGAUUUUGUAAACUUGGAAAAUAAAAGUCUUUCAACACGUCA